AGCCCACUCUUGACACUUGACAGUCAGACACUAGUGUAUUGACCAGUGCAGUGCAGUCCCAGUUAACAGUGAAUUAAAGAUUCCUAUUUGAAAUCAUGGAUUGAAUAAAACGUGCAAAAUGUUUCUAUUUUGAGUACAAUCAAAAGCAUCGAUCAUACUGUUAAGAUGCCAUACACUUGCUGCGUUCCCUGUUGUCGUGGCAAUUACGAUGCUGAACACAAAGUUGCAGUAUUCUCCUUCCCAAAAGAUGAAAACUUGAAGAGAUUAUGGAUUAGAUCUAUUCCUCGAAAGGACUACUCGUACACAUCAUCAUCGAGGGUUUGUGAAAAACAUUUCUCUAUCGAUGAGAUACAACGCUUCACGUCGGCCUAUGAUGAGAAGACCGGGAAAAUUGUGACUGCUCCUUUGAAGUUUCCAAGGCUCAAACCUGAUGCUGUUCCUACUAUUUUCCCGGGAUGCCCCAAGUAUAUGUCUUCAACCACUCAUCAUAGAGAAGCUCCCACUUCAAAAAAGAAGAGGUUCGAAGAAGAGCAGGUAUCAAAAGCUAUUGAAUUAAGCAAAUCAUCUUUAAAAAACUACAACGAUGAACGAAGCUUUCAAACUUUUAGUGAACUGUGCUUAUUGUAUAAAAAAUUCAAAUUCAAUUCCUGUUGGACAAUUGUUUCAAACAAUGACUCAUUAUCUUUCAUUCUAUUGAGGAGAUAUGAGGGAAUAAUGACAUUGGACUACUCAAUUGAAAUCGACCAAGAAUUGAACAUGAAUGUGUUUUAUCGUGGUGUUGCCUUAAGCAAACUGAGAAGUGGUCGUUUCCCCCAAAAAGUUGAGAAUAUAAAUUUUAUUAUUGAUGUACUUGACGAAGUUGAGAAUUUGUUCAAAAAUAGAUGCAGCAGUGUAAAUAGGUCCUAUCUGAUUAAUUUAAUAAUUGAUUCUCUGAUUAAGCUUAGAAAUAAUGUAGAUGAAGGUAAAAAAUGUGUUGUAGAUUUUGUAAAAGAGCAAAUAGGUUUAAUUAAUUGUCAACCUGAAAAUUACCGGUAUGGAACCGAAAUAUUAAUUUUUUCUACUAUGCUCCAUUUGGUUUCACCACAAGGGUAUAAAUUUUUACGAGAGUCAGGCAAUAUCAUAUUACCACACCCAGUGACGUUGAAAAAAAUAAAUAGCUCAUUGAAAUUAAAUCCAAUGAAUGAGCUUGAUGAUACAAGCUUUCUGAGCUAUUUGAGAAGAAAAAACAAUAUUUUAGGAGAGCAGGAUAGAAACGUAAUUCUCAUGAUUGAUGAGGUCCACAUCAAGCAGAAUCUAGAUUAUAAAGGUGGGAAUAUAGUUGGUAUGGAUCAUGAAAACGUGGACCUUGCAAAUAGUGCAUUUGUUUUCAUGAUAAAAAGUAUUGCAAGCAAGUUCAAGGAUGUUGCUCACAUACUACCUGUGAAGAAAAUUACAGCAGAUGUUCUUCACUCAAUUACAAGGAGAACCAUUGUUUCACUGGAAAUGAUUGGAUUCAGGGUUUUGAUGGUUGUCACUGACAACAAUUCUAUAAAUAGGAAGGCUAUGAGGAUGUUCAACAAUCCACUGGCAGAUACUGGAUCCACAAGGACUUAG